AUUUGUCCAAACAGGACUGGAGUACAUUCUUGUGUGCAAGAAGUUAACAUGGAGAAACACUGGUCGGCAGUGUGUGCACUAAUUCUAACACUCGGUGCAUUUGUGCACUUUAACAUUGCUUUUGCUGCAAAGGCUGAUGGGAAUUUAACAGUGAUUCUUCCAAAACCAGGCCACUGCCCACGUCUCCUUAAUGUUGUCCCAUCACAUAAGGGGUGUGAGUGUGAUGAAGACUGUCCUGCAGACCACAAAUGCUGUGUCUUUGACUGUGGAGCUGUCUGUGUCCCUCCUGCUUUCACCAAGCCAGGAGUGUGUCCUCGCAGGCGCUGGGGCUUAGGGCAGUGUGCUGAAUUUUGCUCUGAUGACAGUGACUGCCCCAAUGAUGAGAAAUGCUGCUACAAUGGAUGUGGACAUGAGUGCACUGCUCCAUAUACAGUGAAGCGGGGCCGCUGUGCUCUGCCCAAGGGAACCCCUAUGUGUGCCGAGUACUGCUACCAUGAUGGUCAGUGCCCAGGAGAGCAGAAGUGCUGCAAGACAACCUGCGGCCACGCCUGCAGCGAGCCGUGCUGAUAGGACAGGCCUGCGUGUGCACAACAACACAGAAAAUGUAUUAAGCGAUAGGAAUUUUGUAUCACUUUUUCUAGCUUUUCAUAGUAGCACAAUUUAGUGCAACGUUUGAGCAUUGGUCUGCACAAGGUCUGAUUGUUUGGGGGAGAAAGUAAAUUGCUCCUUAUAUAAUAUAGUCAAGGAGCCUUUUUAUGUGCCUGUACUUAAAGUACCAAGAAAUAUCUGCACAUUUUCAUGAAUACAGUUUUGAUUGAGUGUUUAGUUCUACAUUAUAUUAUCACACAGUCCGGAAGAAACUUUGUAGGAUGUUAUUCAUAGUCUUCAAAAGACCCACAAUGUAAACUUGAUGAGUUUACAGCUUAAAUAAUCUUACUUGAUGUCAAUAACAUGUUGGUCAAGUAACAGUAUGUCUGUAUGAGUAAUACUGUAUAUUCUAGUAUAUACUAAAUGGAAGUAAGAUAUGUACUGUACUUAUAUAUGCUGCCUGUAGAGUUUCAAGGUAUGAAGCAAAUUGCAUUUCUUUAUAUUACAACCAAUAAACAUGUUUCAAGAAC